UGCGAGGGCUGCUGCACAGCUAGCAGAGCCGCGGUCCGGACAGCAGCGCGUGCCCCAAGCUCUCCGCCUCCCCCCGCCCGCCAGCCCGAGGCAGCCCGAGCCCAGCCCGCGGCCCCAGCAGCAGCGCCGAGAGCAGCCCCAGCAGCAGCGCCAUGGCCGGGUGGAACGCCUACAUCGACAACCUCAUGGCGGACGGGACCUGUCAGGACGCGGCCAUCGUGGGCUAUAAGGACUCGCCCUCCGUCUGGGCCGCCGUCCCCGGGAAAACCUUCGUCAACAUCACGCCAGCUGAGGUUGGUGUCCUGGUUGGCAAAGACCGGUCAAGUUUUUUCGUGAAUGGGCUGACACUUGGGGGCCAGAAAUGUUCUGUGAUCCGGGACUCACUGCUGCAGGAUGGAGAAUUUACCAUGGAUCUUCGUACCAAGAGCACCGGCGGAGCCCCCACCUUCAACAUCACUGUCACCAUGACUGCCAAGACGCUAGUCCUGCUGAUGGGCAAAGAAGGUGUCCACGGUGGUAUGAUCAACAAGAAAUGUUAUGAAAUGGCCUCCCACCUGCGGCGUUCCCAGUACUGACCUCGUCUGUCCCUUCCCUCCACCACUCCCCACUGCUUUUGCACCCCUUUCCUUCCCUUCCCAUACACACACAUACACCAUUUUUAUUUUUGGGGCCAUUACCCCACAUCCCUUAUUGCUGCCAAAACCACAUGGGCUGGGGGCCGGGGCUGGAUGGACAGACACCUCCCCCUACCCAUACCCCUCCUGUGUGUGGUUGGAAAACUUUUUUGUUUUUUGGGUUUUUUUUCUGAAUAAAAAAGAUUCUACUAACAA